UGUUGGUGCUUCGGGGUGGCAGCAGCCCCGCCGACAUGAGGGCUCCGGGGGCCGCCCUGCCCGCUGCCCUGCUGCUCUGUCUCCUGCCCACCCGCCAGGCUCAGGGUCCCUUGGAGGACACAGAGCAGUCAGGAGAUACGCCCUUAGAUGAAGAAAUGACUUUCCCCAGCACGGUUGCUACAAAGACCACAGACCUGGCCCUUCAGAGAAUGAAUUCCACCGACAGCGAUGAGGCUGCGAAUCAGCUGGAGUUCCUUUUAAUACUGUUGAUACCAUUGGUUUUAGCGGCCUUCCUGCUUUUGUCAGUGGUUUUCUUUGUCAUAUACUAUAAGAGAAAAGCCAAACAAGAGCCUUCUAGCCAAGGAUCACAGAGUGCUCUCCAGACACAUGAACUGGGAAGUGAGAACUUGAAAGUCCCGAUUUUUGAGGAAGACACUCCGUCUGUCAUGGAAAUCGAGAUGGAGGAGCUGGACAAGUGGAUGAGCCCCAUGCACGAGGACUGUGGGUGCUUGCCUCCUUUAAAAGAAGAAAAGGAGCCCAACCUCAGCCCCAGUGACCACUAAGCCCACUACUGACUGGGGCUAAUGUUUUCCAAGAGAGGCCACCCCGGAGGGAGCCUGCUGGCCUGCCAACCGAGGAUGAAGAGGACCUGAAUUUUAUUAAUUUCCCAUCCAUGCAGAUGCAGACACUUUGGCUGUGCUGUCCAACUCCUGCUCUUCCCAAUGCCGGCGGCACCUGCGCUUGAAGGAUGCGUGAUGCAGAAGCGCUCAGAAAAGGCCGCACUGACUUCCACCGCGGCCCUCGGGCCUGGAGGAGCCACUGACCCCCACUGACCGUGCUCACCUGAGCUUGCUGUGGCCUUCUCACCUUCUGGCAUCCUGUCAGGAAGCUGUUUAUCUCUUGUUUCCUUGGGGGAGUCACCCACUUCCCUAGCUGGCUUUGGAUCAGUCCCUUAGAUUAUCCAAGCCCUUCUCUCUGACGUCAUGGCAGACCACGGGCUCUUCUCUCCAGAAGAGUUGAGUCGCAGAGAAGGCAGUGAGUCAAACACGGAUCCCAGGUGGACCAAGAGGACAUGAUGAAGAGCCCACAGUGCUGGGGAAGUGUUGUUCUGUGAUUCGAGGCCGUCGUGUUGGCUAUUUCCAGUCACCCUUGGAAACUUCUCAGAGGAAUAGGAUGCAUUGAGGAGCUAGUGUCUCCCGCUUCAGCUAAAUCACCUGCUUGGUCCCAUGCCCCCAAAUCUCACUCUUGUUUCCUGUCAUUCCUUCGCUGUGGGGAAGGAGAGAGUGUGGGCAGGUGUGUGUGUGGUGAGGAGUCGGGGGGCAUGUCCCCAGCCGAUUUCUCAUCUCUUGGAGAGCUUUAUAGUCAUUUGAAAUGGGCAGAAUCAGAACAAGAAAUGCCCGCUCUGGUGGCAGAAAUCAUGGGCAGAGUCAUUCUUACAGAGCUGGGUGGAGCCUCGUGUCCCCCUGCACACGGCCGUCCACACACCAUCAGUCUGUCAGAGGUGACAUCUGUGUGGAACUGGAGCAGUGCUGAAUGCACUGUGGCGCCUACUGCCCUCUUGCUCACUCCCCCCACAUAAAACCAGGCUGCACUUCAUCCAGAGUUUUCUAAUUCUGACCCUCAAAGCCUUCCGGUGUGCUGGGGGCCCGCAGCGCUUCUCUGACACCUGCUAGUUUAUGCCCAGAAAGGAACAAAGAGUGGGCGCUUUCUUUUAUUCCAACAUGUAGACUGAGGGCUGAUGAGGCUCUCAAAUAGUAGCUGCUGAAUCGGGGGUCUUGGGUUCAAAGAGCAGCCUGAGUGUGUAUCAGAAAAAGUCCCUUCCGUCCCUUUCCAGAAUUCCUUUAUCUAGUACUUGCCUCUGAAAUAAGCUGAUGAUAAUGUUAGGGGGUGAGUUCCAAGCCGGGAGAUCUCUCUACACAGUGAGAGAGGAUUCUCUGGCUGACUUUAUGCUGCUGGAAGGUUCCACUGUUUGGGGACUGCUCAGAGCCUUGAUGAAAAACAGUCUUCAUGCUACAUAAGUUGGACAGUCUGAUCUGUAGGAUUCUCGUUAGUACGGCCUAGAAUGGCAUCUUUGUUCUCACUGCUGUUUUGAAGAUUCUGAUCCAACUUGUGCUUUACAGUGACGCCAAUAUUUAUGUCAAUGCCACCAUUUUCCAAAUCAUUGUUUCUGCCCAGUCAGGUCUGUAAAGUUUGUUUCCCUUUAUCAUUUUGAUUCACAAAAGGCUCGGCUUCCUUCAUUCCCUCUGGGUAUCCAGACUUUCGCUGAAUGCUUAAUCCCACAAGCUUCAUCCAACCCCCUCAAGUAAUUGAGAAUUCAGAGAUGUGUUAGGAAGUCCGAAGGUUCGCUUUGAGGAAGCAAUAUGUCAUGGUAUCAUAAAACUAUUCUCAUUCAGUAUAAAAACUUCAAAUUCCACAAGAAGUAAGCUCCAGAGGCUGGGAGGUAGUUCAGUGUUAUGGUGCAUACUUAGCCAGUACCUGACCUGGAUUUAUUUCCUGGUACCACAUGGUCCACCCCAAGCAUCACUGGAUGUAGCUAGAGGCCUGAGUAUCUCCAGCAUACAGGGCCCGAGUGGUAUCUCAUCCUUGGGUCCUUGCACUGAACCAGCGGCCUGGUUGGCUAAGAAUAGCCAGUGAGCACCACUUAGGGGAAGGACUCCCCUCCCCCUUGUCCCUGCAAAAGAGAAGUAAGCUCCAUCAACUUUCUCUUGAGUGCAUAUCUGAAAAUUUUGCUGUUCUUUACACAGUGUCUGUGCAUGGUACUUUUUUAAAGAUAUAGUUUCUUUUAAAGAGAUAUGAUCUAAGAUAUUGAAAAUCAAGACAGUAAAGGUAGUCAUUCCUACCACUAUCUACCUUUUUAUGACUAUCCAAUCAGUAGACAGGCUAUACUUAACAAAUUUAAGGCUUGCUUAUAAGCCUAAACUAAAUUUGGGUUCAGAUGAUAGCUUAUAAAAAUCUUAUUCAUUUGUCCUAAGUGGGUGAUGAAGAGCAAAAAUCUGACUUUAGAAUAUUUGAAAGCGAUAUAGUUUUAUUGCACUUUGGUACCUUUUAAGCCAAUGAGACGUCUAACCUCAUUGUACUAGUCAAAACUCCUCAGGAAACUCGUUUUUAUAAAUAUCUGAAAAUAGCCGUCUGGGACUUUUUAACCCAGCCACAUGACUCCUCUCUGGGAAUGCAAAACUGUUAUUCUAACACCAGCCCAGAGGGCUGACACCCCAAAAUCCAGGAGGGGGGAAAGAUCUUUCUGCCAGGCCCCCUCACCCCAUCCUGGAGCUCAAGCAAGGUAAAUGACACUGGGAAGAUCCUUUGUUCUUUUCCUGGGGUUGUUGGAACCGUUCAUCGGCACCUCGGCCCUGAUUCUGAGAAAACAUGCAGGACUUCCACUUUCCCUUCUGUCAGAUUUCAUUCCAGCUCUGAAGAUUAGUGGCAGGGGAAGACACGGUCUCAUGCUGGGAUGAUGCAGCUGUGGGAAAAAGCUUGAAGCAGUGCCAUGAGUUACAUUUACUCGAAAGGCCUAGUGUCUCCUGAGAAGAAGCGCCUCUGAGGUUCCCCCUAAUAGUCACACAGGCUGUCCAGGGCAGUCUCGCUUCUAUGUCACAUGGCCUCAUUGUUGCAAUAAUGAGAUAAGUCCUGGGUAGUGUUCCUGUGUGUGAGUGUGUGUGUGUGUGUGUGUGUGUGUGAAGUUGGUCUUUAAUCCCUGUGUUUUUCACACCACCAGUUGCUUAAAUCACUGUUUUAACAGCUUUUUGACAACGUCUCAGCCAAUAGUGCCCUGUCUAGCAAUUUAUCUUCUUCCUCUUUGUACUCUUGGAGAUGGUUUUUGUCAUUAUCUGGUGAAGAGUUUUGUUUGUUUUGCUUUAUUACUUUUUCUAAAUAGCACGUAUUUAAGGAAAGAACA